GCAAUUCCAAACGUUGGACACUUGCAUUUCUCCCUUUUCGCAAAGAGAAUCUCUUCGCAAAGUCCAACUCCCUCCCCCUCCACCUAAGAACCAGCAAAUCCCAGGUUCGAUAAAUACAAAUACACAUAACACCAUGGCUUUGCCACGAGGAUUGCUACAGUAUGUCUGUGGCCUCGUGCUCCUAGUCGCUUCCGUCAACGCCUUAAAAUUCGACCUCCAAUCCCGUGGACCCAACGAUAAGGCCUCCGAACGAUGCAUACGAAAUUUCGUCGCGAAAGACACAUUGGUUGUUGUUACGGCCACAGUCGGUGGGACCAAGGGAGAUGGAAUGGUUGUCAAUAUGCGCAUCAUGGAUAACGUUGGCAACGAGUACGGCAAGCCCAAGGACGUAGUUGGCGAGCAGCGAACCGUCUUCACCUCGCAUGCCGACGCCGCUUUUGAUGUGUGUUUUGAGAAUGUCAUGACACAUUCGCGCAUGAACAACCCAACACGGAGCGUAGAACUCGAUAUUGACAUUGGCGCCGACGCCAAGGACUGGUCCGCCAUCCAGGCCACGGAGAAGCUCAAGCCCGUCGAGACAGAACUGCGCCGCAUCGAGGAGUCCAUCGCCGAGAUCGUCAACGAGAUGGAUUACCUGAGGGCGCGAGAGCAGAAGCUGCGCGACACCAACGAGAGCACCAACACCCGUGUUAAGUGGUUCGGUAUUGGCACCACCACGCUGCUGAUCAUCCUAUGGGGAUGGCAAAUCAUGUACCUUCGUGCCUAUUUCCGAUCGAAGCAUCUAAUUUAAGGGGCAUGCAAGAGUCUAGAGUUUAGAGUCUGGUAUUCAAUCAUGGUCUCGAAUACUGGUAUCAGAGUAGGAUCAGGUCGACCACACUCGAACCGAAAUCUUUAUCUCUACUACCAUGUUUAAGGAGUCUUGGAUCUGUUCACAGAAUAUUUAAGAGGGGGGAAAGCAAAGGCUGGCAAAGGCGUGACACGAGUAUUCUGGAGGGUUUAAAAAUGGACAUGGUGGCAUGAAACAACGAUAUUUCAUGCUUUGUACGCAUAAUAUGUACUGGGCAUCUUUCUGAUGCCACGAACUCGGGAGGCGAAUAUAAAAUAAAUGAUUCAAUACUGAA